UCUUCGGCCUCUUCCACUGGCUUCUCCUCCUCCUGGGAGGAGUCCGAGGAGGACAUCUCCAGCGACCCCGAGCGCAUGCUGGACCAGGCGCCCGCCUUCCUGCAGACCCUGGACCAGCAGAAGCCUCGAGUGAGCAAGUCAUGGCGGAAGAUCAAGAAUAUGGUGCACUGGUCCCCAUUUGUGAUGUCCUUCAAGAAGAAAUACCCUUGGAUCCAGCUAGCAGGACAUGCAGGUAGUUUCAAGGCAGCGGCCAACGGCAGGAUCCUGAAGAAGCACUGUGAGUCGGAGCAGCGCUGCCUGGACCGCCUGAUGAACGAUGUCCUGAAGCCCUAUGUCCCUGCCUACCACGGGGACGUCGUGAAGGAUGGGGAGCGAUACAACCAGAUGGAAGAUUUGCUGGCUGAAUUUGACUCCCCCUGCGUUAUGGACUGCAAAAUGGGGGUCAGGACCUACUUGGAGGAGGAGCUGAUAAAGGCCAGGAAGAAGCCAAGCCUGCGGAAGGACAUGUACCAGAAGAUGAUCGAGGUGGACCCCGAGGCCCCGACCGAGGAGGAGAACGUGCUGCGGGCAGUGACCAAGCCCCGGUACAUGCAGUGGAGGGAGACCAUUAGCUCCACGGCCACGCUGGGGUUCAGGAUCGAGGGGAUAAAGAAAGAGGACGGCACCGUGAACCGGGAUUUCAAGAAGACGCGGACAAAGGAACAAGUCACCGAGGCCUUCAGAGAAUUCACUAAGGGAAACCGUAACGUGUUGAACAGUUACCUUAACCGGUUGAAGGGUAUCCGUGCUACCCUGGAGACAUCCCCAUUCUUUAAGUGCCAUGAGGUAAUUGGGAGCUCCCUCCUUUUCAUUCAUGACAAAAAGGAACAGGCCAAAGUCUGGAUGAUUGAUUUUGGGAAAACCACACCACUGCCAGAGGGACAAGUUCUCCAGCACAAUGUGCCCUGGGUAGAGGGGAACAGAGAGGACGGCUACCUCUGGGGGCUCGACAACCUCAUUCAGAUCCUAACGGAGCUGUCCCAGAGUGAAGACUUGCAUUAAAGCCGGGCGUCCAACUCUGCCACUACCCCAAAUCCUGCCCCCCAACUGACUCUUCUGAACUGCACUACAAGACACUUUCCAACCCUCGCCCUUCCAAUUUUAAAGCUAUACUCUCCCUAUU